AUGUCGAUUCUCCUCAACGGCGGCAGUGGAAAGACGGCCCCGCGUAUCGCGGCCUUGCUCGCCGCGAACAAGAUACCCUUCCUCUUAGGCUCGCGUCAGGGGCCUGGCGCCGGGUCUGGCGGCCAUCCCGCUGUCACGUUCGACAUGAGCGACGAGUCCACCUGGGCAAAGGCGCUCGAGAAGACCUCUAUCAAGGCCUUCGUGGAUCUUGCCAAGGAGCAAGGCGUUAGCCGCAUCGUCUUAUGUGCUGGCACCACAGCUGCGGUCGGUAAGGAUGGAAUGGGCCGAGCCUGGGAGCGCCUCGCGAAGUCCGGUAUUGACUACGCUGUGCUUCGACUGUCUUGCUUCAUGGAGAACUUGACUGAGCCAGGUGUUGCAUUUACCAUCGGCAAGUUCAACGAGUUCGACACCGCCACUCGGGACGGGAAGAUUCCCUUCGUCAGCGCCGAUGACGUGGCCGAGGUAGCCUACCAUGCCCUUACAGACGGCAAGUCCUAUAACUGCGACCUAAGGGUCCUUGGGCCCAAGAACCUGACUUACGAUCAGGUUGCCGAGACGUUCUCAGAGGUCCUCGGGCGCAAGAUCGAACAUGUGAAGCUCGACGAAGUCGGUCGUAUCGACGGCUUGCUGCGCGCCGGCCUCCCAGAGUACUUCGCUCAAUUCUUAACACGCCUAGAGCUCUUUGCUUCGCAAGACGGCGAGUUGGGCUCAUCUGAUGUCGUCGAGACGCUGAGGGGACACCCGGCCAAGAGCCUCGGGAAGUUCGUCGAGGAGAACAAGUCUGUAUGGCUACCAAGUAGUGUCCCCUUGGUGGACGACAUGUCGCGUCGCGUGUACGAUUAG